AUGAAGGAAGAAAAGGAGAAGGUCCAUUAUCUGAAUGACGCAAGGGUUGGCACUACCACUGCAAUCGUACCAGAAGUGUCUGCCCCUGAAACCACACUACUUUCUAGCAUCGUCGAAGUUACUGUUGACUAUGAAGGACCCCACGAUGCUUCCAACCCAAGAAAUUGGUCGAAAGCUUAUAAAUGGAGUCUAAUGCUUAUAAUAAGUGCACUUUCUAUGACAACGAGCUGCCAUUGGCUGUCUAUUCAUGGCCCUCUGAGUGAGAUGUAUGGACGCAGACCAGUCUAUAACUUGGCAAACCUCUUGUUUCUCCUCUGUAUAAUAGCGGAAACCCAAAGCAAGAAUGUUGCCAUGGUCAUUGUUUUUCGAUGUCUCAGUGGAGUGAGUACGGCCACGACGGCUCUCAAUCCAACGAUUCUGGGAGACAUGUUUAAUGUUGAAGAGAGGGGAGGUGCUCAGUCUUUACUUUCCCUGAUGCCUCUGAUAGGUCCCGCGAUUGGACCAUUAUUCGGGGGUUAUAUAGCUCAGACAGAAGGUUGGAGAUGGACCUUUGGUCUAGCUGGUAUCACUUCUGGAACAUCAAGCAUUCUGUUCUUUCUGAUAUACCGUGAGAGCUAUGAUGCAUCGAUUCUUAGGCGCAAAGCAGCAAAGAUGCGCAAGGAGUUCAAUGGCCCAUCAAUUCAUUGUCGAUAUGAUCAGCAGGGCUCGAAGAUAAGUUCAAUCGUGAACGCGCUGGUGAGACCAAUCAAGAUAUUGGUCGCUCCUAUCUUUGCAUUGCUGAUUUUCUCCAUGUGUUUGCUCUCUGCGUAUGUAUAUCUACUAGCAUCGUCGAUCACAGAAGUGUUUCAGACAAACUAUGGGUUCUCAGAGGGUGAAGCGGGACUCACAUUUCUUGGGUUAGCCAUAGGUAUGGCAUUAGGCGCAAUUCUUUGUUCUGCGGUGCUAGAUCGGUAUACAAAAAAAAUGAAAGUCCUCCAUGGCGGCGAAAUCAAACCAGAAUGGCGCCUUCCACCGAUGACCCUGGGAUUCGUGAUUUCCCCAAUAGGUUUGAUCAAAUACGGAUGGACAGCCUAUUUCCAAAUACACUACAUAGUUCCCAUCUUUGGGACUGCGCUAUGUGGCUUUGCGACCUACACUACAGUAGUCCCUACUACAGUGUAUUUGGUCGAUAUAUCAGGAAUUUAUCGCGGUUCCGCCAUGUCCUCAAUGACCAUGUCUCGCAAUAUAAUGUCCAUCAUUUUACCGCUGGCUGGACCACCGCUAUAUUGA